UCUGGGUUUGUUUUCCUCUGGGAAAAUGGAGGAGUCUGCAUGUUACCGGUGUAUUGAAUGCAGUACAAAAGCGAGUGAGCUGUACAAGGAUUACCAACGUGGUGUGUUGCGGAUCUCUAUCUGCGUGAGUUAUGUGAAGAAGCAGGAAUUUCGAAUUGAUAGAUCCACCUUGCAUUGAUAUUAUGAAAUCCUGCCAGAAGCCAGUGGACAAAUAUAUAGAAUAUGACCUUGUCAUCGUCUUAAUUAAUGCUAUCUUAUGCAAAGCACAAGCGUACAGACAUAUCUUGUUCAAUACAAAAAUAAAUAUUCAUGGAAAGCUUUGCAUAUUUUGUUUACUUUGCGAAGCUUAUCUCAGGUGGCUGCAGUUACAGGAUUCAAGUCAAAGUACUGAUCCCGAUGAUUUCAUUAGAUAUGCCAAGGAAUGGGAUUUCUAUCGAAUGUUUGGAAUAGCAUCUUUGGAACAAACUGCCUUUUUGACUGGCAUCUUCACUGCUCUGUGGUUAGUAAAAUCUGCUGUCCUGAAAACCAAGGCAGAUUUUGUAUUUCUUCUGAAAGCAUUGCUGUUAUCCAGCUAUGGAAAACUUCUACUGAUUCCAGCAGUUAUUUGGGAGCAUGACUACACUGAUUUGUGUCUCAAGCUCAUUAAAGUGUUUGUGUUGACCUCAAACUUUCAAGCAAUUAGAGGUAUUUUUCUAAUUUAACUUCACUAUUACAGUCAUGCUGUUCAGGGGUAGAUUUUCCAGCAGAGUUUCCACUACUUGAAACAGGUAGACAUAUAGCAGUAAGAUUUAGGGAAGGAAGCUGUAUUUAGAGAACUGAAAUUCUUGAAAGAGGCAUUUCAUUUCUUUGUUAAAAGCCUAAAUACAUAGAAAUUGAUAUAGUAUGCAAAAGACAGCAAAAAAUGCAAACACAAUCUUUGAUUCUAGUUAAA